AUGUGUUUUCGUGGUCGAAACCCCAUGGAAUAUGCCUAUUAUGUAAAUUGUAGAGCUUUUCAUGCUGCAUCUUUUGGUAUAAUUUCUGGUCUUAAUGCCAUGUAUUAAGUGACUCAAAAGUGAUAUACAAAACGCGACUAUUAUUUCUGCCUCACCCGUUAUUUCUACUCAAUUACAAUGUGAUUUUUAGCCAAUAAUUCUGAAUUUCUUCCAUUGAUACGAAUUUUUUAGUUUUUUUUAAUCAAUUAAAAACAUUUGCCAAUUCUAAAUACUUAAAAUUUUUAAAUGGAUUUUAAAUGAUUAGAAAGAUUUGGAAAUAAUCUUGAAAAUUAGAAAAAAUCAAGACAUAGUCUAAUAAUCAGAUUAGAAUCGGAUAAAAAUAGUAUCAUUUUCCUCGAAUUUAAACGGAUUUAUAAUCGUUUUUUUGUCUGGAUAAUAUUCUUUUGAAGUUAUCGGAAAAAGAUAUCUGUACUAAGCGUAAAAACACACAAAAUUUUUCAUUAAAUUAUCAACCCAUCCCGUAUUCGGGUUCAAUUCAUAUGCCCUCAGGGCGCCCUGCCCUGCCCGGUCCUGCCCUGAUGGCAGGUCAGGGCAAAAGAAAAUUAUAUGUGCUAUUGUCAGGGCAGGACAGGGCAAGAUGUGACAGGGCAACAGGAUAGGACAGGGCAAAAAAAAGUGCCCUGUGACGGUCUCUGGUGCUGAUAGAAGUAAAAAGGCAGUCUUCCCAAAAGUGAAAACACCACGACAAUCUCUGAAAAAACAGGAUAGUAGGUUGAAAAUCUCCUCCGAGAGUCAGUUAAAAUUUGGCCUUCUCC